UUUAGUCCUGCCUCUAUUGGCUUCUGAGAACAACGUGUACUCAGUCCCAGCAGAGUCUGAAUGGGCGACUUGUGUUCUCCGUCCUGCCCAGUCACAAAUCAUGCUGGUGAUCUGGGAGGAAAACAAAGCUUGAGACCCAAGAUGAAGGCAGAGCAGGAGGCUCCUUCAAAAACUAACAUAAUUCCGCAAAUAGUUUUGUUCAUGUGUCUCGGUUCGUUCAAUUCAGGUUGGGUGCUGGCAGUGAACAUGACUAUCCCCAACUCUCUCAUUAGAGGAACAGUAGGGGGGGAGGCCCUGCUGUCUGUCCGUUACAAUAGCUUCAGCAUCGACCUGCCCGUCAUCAAGUGGCAGCUCAAGAGGGAAAAGUCUGUUACUGUGGUCCAGUCGAUUGGGACUGACAUCAUUGGGACCCUAAGGCCUGAGUAUCGUGACCGCAUCCUGGUAUUUGAGAAUGGGACUCUGCUUCUCCACAACCUCAGAAUCUCUGAUGACGGAAUUUAUGAUGUGGAGAUCUCAAUCACAGACGAUACCUUUACAGGAGAGGGCAGCAUCACGCUCACUGUGGAUGAGUCUAUAUCCAGGCCCUAUAUCCACAUAGAGGCUUUGUCAGUCCUGGAGCUCAGCGAAAAUGUCAUCCUCAACUGCUCCCAUGACAAUGGAACCAGGACUACAUACAGGUGGUUCAAAGGUGGAAGGCCGCUGACCAAUAUGACAAGGUUCGUGUUGUCCCCUGACCAGAAGUACUUGACCAUCACACGAGUGUUGAUGGGAGAUGAUGACACCUACAGCUGCGCAGUGGAGAAUCCUGUGGGCAACAUGACAAGCCUGCCCAUCAGACUGACGGUCUACAGAAGAAGCUCUCUUUAUAUCAUCCUUUCCACGGGGGGCAUCUUCCUCCUCAUCACCUUGGUAACAGUAUGUGCCUGCUGGACGCCUUCCAAAAAGAAAAGACAUCCCGCUAGAAAGCCUCUCACCAGCUUUUAUGACCACGCUGAUCUCUCACCAAUCAAUCACUCAGAUGAUGUGCUUCCAAAAAUGACAACGCAUAAUGGAAUAAAUGCUGUAACGUCACUUUACAUCCUGCAGCAAAAGGAUCCUUCCAUGGAUGACUCAUCCAGCAACAGUGUUGGAUCUCCAUCAUCUGAGCUUGACAACCCGCCGUGCUACAGCAGUUGCCCCAGCUACACCGGCCCUCUUACCCAGUCUAAUGGGUCCCCUGCCCGCUCCUCCCACAGCUAUACCUGAAAGGUCAUCAGUUUAAACGCUCCACAUCGGAUGUGGAAGGUCAGACCGUCUUACUGUAUCCUGGCUCUGGGUGGCCACUUUCUGGACAUCCACCCGCGGUUUGGGAAACAUCUCAAAACCAUCUUCUGGGUUUUUACAAUAAUGUCAGUACUGACUGUGAUCAGUGUCUUAAAUAACUUUUUGACUCACCGGCGAAGUUGGUGGGCAGAUGAAGCGAAGCUCUGACAUGCAGACAGCAAAGGAACAGAAGAAAGUAGCUGCAGCUUCAUCAAAAUGAUUAAAAAAAGAACAAUUAUUGGAACAAUUUUGGUAAGAUGAAGGUGUCAAGCUGUAGUGUGUGUAGCCUAGUUCUUUUUACAUUUCCAUUCACAAAUCAUCAUCAUCAUGAUGUGGUUUGUUGUUUGUAAAUGUUAAAUAUUAUAAAAGGAAAUCCCCCUCAGAAAUGCUACUCUUUGUGCAGUGUUACGUGUGAUUUUCUGUAGUGUAGUCUGUAUUUUGUGAAAUAAUGUAAAUGACUGUUUUAGUAAGCCUAUUCUAGAUGAUUUAAUAGAUUUUUCAGUGAGACGAUAGACAAGUUCGUUAGGGUAUUUCAAUUUUAUACUCUAAUAACUGUAACUGUAAUAAAAUGGGAAAUAUU